AUGGACACUAAGGGCAAACCCAAACCUGCGUGUACAAAUUGCCGAAACACUUUCGAAGAGUUAGAAGGUUUCAUACCUAAAACGGAAAAUCAGGGAGAUGACGGAAAUCCCACAUUUCUCGGGGCAUGUGCCGAGUUUUAUCCUGUUGACAAACUUCUAUCAUGUAAUAGUAAUCAAGUCGAAAAUCUUCUUGGGCAGAAUUUAAAGCAAUGUUUAGAUCUCUAUGAGCAAAUUGAUGCAAUAAGUAAACAGUGCGAAGACGCUGUUAAUUCUAAAGACAUCAAAAUAAUAAGAGAAGUGUACACUCAAAUACGUCCUAAGGUCUUUACCGGAAAUUCAGGAAAAACGGACACUAGGAAGAACAGUCUUAAAGAAUUUGCAAGUGCAAAGUUUAUCCACUUUCUGCCUACAAGUUAUCAUAAUUUCAAGGUUCUGAGAGUGGAAGCUUAUGGAAUUCUUUUGAGUAAAGUUCCGUCACGUCCUCCUACCGCCUUCAACUUGACUGCAAGCUCUUCUACCAGCAUCACAGCUUCCUGGCAGUUACCUCCAGUCUUUGCCAGACAUGGAACCAUCAUAGGGUUUAAACUCUUCUACAAGAAGAAAGGUUCUGAUAAGCCAGCAAGAAACUUGACUAUUAGAGGGGAAUUAACAUUGAGUAAAAAUGUCACUGGUCUUGAUGAGUACACAGAAUAUGAAUUUCAAGUCCUGGCUUAUUCAUCUGAUGGUGAUGGGCCAAAUAGUUCUGUUGAGGUAGAAAGAACAAUGGAAGAUGUUCCAUCACAAGCUCCUAGCAAUUUCACUGUGACUGCAAGUACAUCUUCAAUUGUUACAACCUACUGGCAGUUACCACCAGUAGACUCCAGAAAUGGAUUAAUCAUAGGAUUUAAAUUGUUCUACAAAAAUAAAACUGUACUAGGUUCAGCAACCAUGUUGCCGAUAAUUGAUGGAGCUACUCAUCACAAAAUGGUCACUGGCCUAGACAAGCACACAGAAUAUGAAUUCCAAGUGUUGGCCUACACUUCAGUUGGUGAUGGACCAAAGAGUUCUCCUGUAAUGGUGAGAACCAUGAAAGAUGGAGGUUGUGUUGAGUUUUAUCUUGGUAUGGAAAAUAGAACAAUUCCAGACAAUAAAGUCGCUGCUUCUUCUGAACAAAGUGCCAAUACACCAUCCAAGAACGGUCGACUGCACUACACAUCAGGAUCAUCAUGGUGUGCAAGAGCAAGUGAACGGAACCCAUAUCUACAGAUUGACCUACGGGCACUUCACAUUAUUUGUGCUGUGUCAACUCAAGGGAAUUCUAAGGCAGAUCAGUGGGUGAAGACUUACAAACUACAACUAUCCACAGAUGGAACAACAUGGACUGACUAUAAGGAACUUGGACAGGUUAAGGUUUUAGAGGGAAAUAAGGAUAGAAACUCAGCUGUUAAACAUGUUCUAUAUGGAGUGUUAACAAGAUAUGUGCGAUUCCUGCCACAAACGCAUCAGGGUGGGGUGUGCUUGAGAACGGAGGUGUUUGGGGUGAAACAGAAGCCAA